GCUCCGUGGAGGGAGCGGCGUUGGACGAGCUGCAGCUGCUGGAGGAAGAGCUGAGGUGCGUUCGGGAGGAGCUGUGCCAGUGCCAGGCUGACAAAGAAUUUGUGUGGUCUUUAUGGAAACACCUCCAUGCAGCAAACCCAAAUCUCACAGAAGCAAUCAGUCUGGUUGUGGAAAGAGAGAAUCAGAAUCACAACGGGAAAUAAAUACCCUUAUAGAAAAGAAAAUUGCUGUGGAUGAAGAAAAUGUUUUCUUAAAGAAAGAAUUGAGUGACUUACAGAAGAAAUUUAAAGAUCAAAGUCAAGAGCUUAAGAGCACUAAGGAGAGGGUACAGAAGAAGGAAGAGAAAAACAUACUAAUUAUCGAAGAGCUGGAGGAGGAAAAUAAGGAAUUAAGUAUACACUGCCAUGAACUGCUAAAUGAUCUGGAGAACUUGAGGAAGCAGGAAACACAGUGGAGGAAAGAAAAACAUGACAUUGAUUGCAGAAUGAAGACUUUUGCAUCUGAUUUAACUGAGGCAAAGAGACAAAUUGAGGAAUCACGGCUUAACUGCAAUGAAUUGGCAUCACAGUUGGAUCAAAAGCAGGCUGAAAUAAUGCAGAAGGAUCUGGAUAUCACUCUAGUGAAGAAAGAGUUGCAGGAGCUGCAGAAUCUUUACCAACAAAAUCAGGAACACGCAGCACAGCAGGCAGAGUUGAUCCAUCAACUUCAUGUUCUCAAUAUGGAUACACAGAAAGUAAUGAGAAAUCAGGAAGAUGUCCAUACAACUGAAAGUAUAUCCUAUCAAAAACUUUACAAUGAAUUACAAAUUAAUUUUGAAGCACAGAAAGCAACUGAGUCUCUGCUCCGGAAAAAUAUUCUUUCUCUUAAGGAUCAACUAGUUCAAAAAGACCGGGAUAUCAUACAGCUGACAGAAAAAAUUGAUGAACUUGAAAAAACUUCACACUUAGUAACUCAUAACCCUUUUCUAAAUAAUGUGAAAGAGGAUUUUCAACAGUCAUCCUUAUCUAGUCUACAAACCUUAAUGGUGUCACAACAGUCUGAAAUUGACUUUUUACAGGAGAAAUUGAAAAUAGCAAAUUUUAAACUAUCAGAGAAUUCCUCUACCAGUAUUCACAUAGGAAGCAUCAUCUCAGGAGCUGGAAGAAUGCAUGAGGAACCACCUGUGAAACGUUCAAGGUCUCUGUCCCCAAAGAGGUGUUUUAAAGACUCGGAGGACCUCAAGAAGCUUAAAGCUGCUGAAAGGAAGAUUGAAAACUUAGAGAAGACACUGCAGCUAAAGAUCCAAGAAAAUGAUGAGCUAAGAGAUGCCCAUGAAAAACGCAAAGAAAGGCUGCAGAUGUUACAGACCAACUACAGAGCAGUAAAAGAGCAAUUAAAACAGUUGGAAGAAAAGUAUAGCAAGACUGACAGAAACAAACAAAUGAAGAGAGGAGAGUCCCAGCAGCUCCUACAAGAAAAUUCUAAUGCUCUGUGGAACGAGCUGACAUAUUUCAAAAGGGAGCACCAGAAGUUAUUGAUUGAAAAUAUGAAUCUUGAAGAAGAGUUGGAUCAACUUAAAGUUUUUAGAUCUGUCGAAGUAGCUAAAAUGCAAGAAGCGAAUGCAUAUCUGGAACAAGAAAGAGAAGAAUUACUCUAUAAACUUUGUGAAAAUCAGGAAUUCAAGAAUGAUGCAUCAGAGAAGAAGCUGAAACGAAAGUCAGAUGAGACAUUGCAGAAGGUUAUUGUUUUGGAAAAACAAUUGAAGGCUUUUGAGAAAAAGUCAAGGAAAUUGAAAGAAGCAAAUAAAAAGUUAACUAAAGAAAAUGACGUAAUGAAAUCUUCCUGUAAACAGCAGCAAGAUGAUGCAAAAGCAAAAGAAAAAGAGCUAACCCAUCUAUGGAAAGAGAAGGAAGAUGUGGAAAAAGACAGAACUAUUCUUGAAUUCAAGAUCAGGGAGCUGGAGAUGGAAAUCAAGGCCCUACGAAAGCAAGUAGUGGAAGUCAAAUCCCUGAAGGAACAAGUGGCAGAAGUCAAUUUUAUGAAGGAAAAAAUGGUGGAAAUUGAGAUGAGAAAAGAAAAUGAAAAGCUGAGGAAUCACGUACAAGAAGUGGAGGACACAAAUCAAAUUCAGAAAGUUCAUAGAAUUCAGGAGAUGCAGGGGAUGCAACGGAUGCAAGAGAUGCAGCAGAUGCAAGAUAUUCCUCAUAUAAAGGAAAUGCAGUCAGUACAACCACGACAGCCAAUUCAGGCACCACUAUGGCCACCCAAACAGCCUCUAACACAGCUACCAGCUCAGCUACCAACUCAGUUUCCAGCUCAGCUGCCUGCACCGUUUCCAGCCCAGCUACCAACUCAGUCUCUAGUCCAGCCACCAGAACUGCUUCCAGUCAAAAUGCAGCUACCAGCACAGUCUCUAGUCCAGCUGCAAGAGGAGUCAGUUCACCGGUACCAGGGCAAAGCUAUGCCCAAGAAGCCCACUCUAAAAGUGGUGAGCACUGAACAAUCUAGACAAUGUAAGACAACUACCACCAAGGUUAAAUUUAAAGCAGCCAAGAAAAAAGGUGCCACGGGACGUCCCCAGGCUUUUCUCAAUCAGUCCAUCAAGGUUAUGAGCAAUGUGUUUGAGAACUAUAAGGACGACUGGGAGGAUGUGAGUGAAAGCAGUGAUUCUGAAGAACUGACCUGUCAAAACCUAGGAACAAUUAUUGUGGAAACAUCCCAAAAAGUCAGUGCAAGAAAAAAUGAAGGGCAGCAGACAGAAGGACAAGCAGAAGAGAAAGAAAUUACAUUAGCCAUAGGAAGUCCAAUCAAAAAGGAUAUCAAUAAUAAGAAUUAUAGAAGAUCAUCUUUGAAGAAGAAGAAAACUAGUGCUUUGAGGAGUGCAUAUGCACCAGCCACUAUUAAAGUUAACAAAGAGAAUGAGAACAAUGUAAACUACGAAUCAGUAGUACAUGUACAAAUUGCAUCCAUGCAGCAGCAAAUCAGUAUGCUACAGGAUUUGAAAAAGUCUACUGAAGCUUCUGUUAAGGAAUUGAAAGAAGCCAAUGAAAAGCUUGAGCAGCAACAGCAAAUAACUGAUCAAAAACUUCAGACUACCAAACAAACCAUAAAGAAGCUAAAUUCAGACUUGGUUGAACUUCGCAAAGAGAAAGAAGAUUUACAAAAGAAAUUGGAGGCUGCAAAUGAAGCUAAAUCUACAGUAGAGUCUCCUUCAAAGAAUAUGCAGGCAGAAAUUAAACAGCUGCAGUGUAAAUUAAAGAAUACAACAAAUGAAAUGACUAAACAGUCUUCAAAUAUAAAGUGUCUAAAAUGUGAAGUAAAGGAAAAGGAAGAGCAGAUACUGGAAUUUCAAGGAAAAGUGUCUCGACUGGAGAGGGAUUUAGUCAUGAAGAGACAUUUGAUAGAGCACUUUAAGCAUCGACAGAAAGUUAACUUGGAAAAUAAUGACAACUUUAAUGAUUUGUUAGAAAAUCUUGAGAAAAAGGUAAAAGCAUUGACUGAAGACUGUACCAACAAGAAGACAGCAAUUGUUGCUCUCAAGCAAAUGCUUAAUGUAGUCACAAAAGAGAAGUCACAUUUUGAACAGAUGUAUAUAAAAACUAAAGAUGAGCUGGAAAGAAAGGAGCACAAGCUCGCUCACCUGUUAAGUAAAAUGAGUGAGACAAAAUCUGCUAUGACAGAGCUUGAAACAACUGCUUCACAGCUCCAUGGAUUAGCUUUGCAAAGUGAACGUGCUUUUGAAAUGGUGCAAGUAAAACUAAUGCGAGCCAAUGACCGAGAAGAAGAGUUCAUCACAUUUGUGAAGGGUUUAGUUCAAGAAAUACAUCGUAAUGUCCAAGACAUGAGGUUGCGAAUAAGACAAAUUAAAAAAAUAGAGCACAAUAAGACACUUACCAAAACUGCAACCCAAAAAGUCCAGGGUUUGGCAGCUUCUAUCCUAAACAUUUCACCAACUGAUGUGGAAGAAAUGUUAGACUCAGAGGAUGAAGAGGAAUUGAAAAAAGCAAGGAAGGCCUGUGAACAAGAUAAGGAGUGGUUAAUAUACAUUAAUAAAAUUCUUGAAGGACAGUUUCCAUUUGCUGCAUGUUUAUUAGAAGCAAUAAUGGAAAAAAUAAAUGAGAAGAAGAAACUAGUUGAAGACUAUAUUAAAUUUAUGAAAGCUGUUGGAUGAUAUUGCAAUGGGCUGUUUUUAAAAAUACAAAAAGUUUUUUUUAUGUUGUAUGAUUGGAAAAACAUGAAUUGUAAUCUGAUACAGUAUUCCAACUAUCAAUAGUCAGGUUCAAUACAAAAAAAAUAGGAAUCUGUGAAACUAAUUAAUUGUCAAACAAGUGAAAUUAAUUAGGUGCAUAACCAUUUAAAAGGAAAUAGUGUAGCAUUUGAUUGCUGAAUACAAAUGUUACCAUAAAUCAAUGCAAAGUUAAAAAUGAUUUUCCUUCCAGUACAUUAGAAAUCUGAACAAGCUGAGAACAUACAAAUUGACUUAAGUACACAGAGGAACCAGCAGAUUCUCAGGAUCUAUAAUGUUGAGGUUUUAGGAGGAAGAAAUACUGAGAAUAUUUUUUCUCUUAACAAGGCUACAAGAUAUUUUAUUGUCUUUUGUAGAAGUUAGUGGAUAAUUUGCUUUGUAAACAAAUACAUAAUGAAGCAUCAUAAGUUAAGCAUAGGCUGUUAAUAAAGUAAUAGAUUGCAUUGUC